AUGCAGCACUCUGGAAUUCCUACACAAACUCGCCAGAAGGGGUACGACUCCCUCCAUGCGGAAACGGCCGUGCAUCGGACUUUUCAGAUAAAAACCUUUAGUACGGAGUUGAAAAACCAUGUAAUGGUCAUGGAUUUUGUGAAGAGUAACUGGUUUCCCUCCCAGAGAAGAGCCAAAGUCUGUAUCAUCCGUAUGUGCCAAGGCUUGAAGACGGCUGAGCAGACUGCCAGCAGAUACGAGAUCCACAGCCGACUCUUCUCAUCCCCCGAAGAUCAUUCUGCCUGGGAAGGAAAUGAAAGUCUUUUGAACACAGGAUUACGGGACAACCAUUACGGUACAAGCAAUCAAAUUGCCUUUACAAAUCUCCCGUCUGAUGUUGCAGAGAAGAAAUCUGACUUCACUGAGGAGACUCUGGCAUCGCCAAACAGUAAGAUGAUCUCGUCCCUUCUCAUUUCCCAGCUAAUUGAUGAGAAUAAAUCAAGAGACAAUGGGGCCAUGUUGCCCCUUCCGUGCAUGGCCACGCGGCCUCCUGCACGUUGCCUGAAGCCAUCUCUGGCCAACCGCGGUGGCGUCAACAUCCGCAGGGUGUUCGCGUUACUUCCGGGCAGAUUAGGAAUCCCGACACCUUCAGAUGAGCGAGGACCUGAGAGAGAACUGCCACCCAAAGAGGAGAAGCUCUGCAGUGGUCCCCAAAAAGGGUUUGCAUCCAUCACCAUCACAGCCAGGCGUGUGGGGCCCCCAGCCAGCACCCUGGUGUGGGGGACCGUUGGGAGCCCACUGUGUCCCAAGUGCAGGGCCCAGGACACCCUGCUGCAGGACCCCCCGGCUGUGGCUGAGAGUGCCCAUCCACGGCGGCACACAGAGUUCUCCAGAAACAGCUCCAUGGUGUGGCUGAAGGUUCCUGAGGCCCAUGCACAGCUGUGUGAGGGACACGAGUACUGGGUCACCCAUGUGGACGACAAAGAGACCAGCUUUUCUCCAGAUGGCCCUCCGUCGGAAAAGGGCCCACUGAUGUUCAGUUCCUGUGUCCAUCUCAGGGUGUCUCGGCAGCGUCCAAAUUCAGCUUACUACUUAGACAAGCCUCUCUCUGUUCCCGUGGAGCAGCCUCAGGUUGCUGGCCCCCAAGUGCGCAAAUCUGUCCUGUCACUCACCCUCAAUUGUAGUUCCCACAGAUUAACAGCAGGUGGGGUAGACGGCCUGGCGAAUGGAGAGCCAAUGGGCAGGGCCCUGAAGCAGGAGCUCUCGGAGGGGAGCCAGGGCCUCCUCGGCAGGCGCUGGAGCCCAGGUGUACAGGAAAGCCACUUACUGACAGGAGGCCCGUCACUGGGGCAAGUGCAUCUGGGAACUGCCACGUGCCCUUGGAGUGGCUCCCCUCUGCUGGAAAACACAGCGUUUGCAGAUGUGGGAACUAACCAGGUCACUGUGAGUAAACAGGCAGAGAACCAAGUGAAGCACUGUCACCCCAGUGGUCGUGCCAACCAGCUCUCCAUUCACAUUCCUGGCUGGAGUUACGCAGCAGUAAACACAAACGUAUUCCCUGGAAGCAGUGAGAAGCAAGGAAGAGGGCGUGUGGCUUUGUCUGCCCCCCCAGUGGAACGGAAGCCCACUAAACCUUUCCUUCCCGAUGGGGACAGUUCUCCAGGCGAUGACUGUCAGUCUAGUGACCUUUCUGAGCCCACAGAGAGACGACAUCAAAGCUCCCUGGAACCCAGAAUCCCUUUUCCUGGGUUUCUUUGCCCCUUACAAGAUUUAUGCACAUCUGUGCAGGAAGACCCUGGUGCUCAGAUAGAAAGAGAGCUCCCUACAGGAGACCACACAUGCUGUGACUUGGUCGUUAAAAUAAAGGAGUGUCAGAAGCACGAGGACCCCACCACGCCCUCACCCUCGCCAGCGCCUCCUAAGCAGCCAGACGGCCCUGACCUGUCUGAAGACUAUUCCAAGCCUCAGCAAACAUCUGCGAGCUCCUUGACCUUGCAAGAAGCGCUGGAAGUUCACAAACCUCAGUUCAUUUCUCGCUCCCAAGAACGGCUGCGGAAGCUAGAGCACAUGGUGCAGCAGAGGAGGGCGCAGCGGAAGGAGGACCCGGGGCAGAAACAGAGCCUCCUUCCCGUCCGUGCCAACAAGAAGCAGUUCACCAUUCCCCACCCUCUCAGUGAUAACUUGUUCAAACCAAAAGAAAGGUGCAUUUCAGAGAAGGAGAUGCACAUGCGAUCUAAAAGAAUCUAUAAUAACUUGCCGGAAGUUAAAAAGAAGAAAGAAGAACAAAGGAAACGGGUGAUCUUACAGAGUAACAGACUCCGUGCUGAAGUCUUCAAAAAGCAAUUACUCGACCGGCUCCUUCAAAGGAAUGCAGUCUGA